AUGGCCAUCGCGAGGCGGAACGCCGAGACUAUAGUCAAAUACACGACUGCGUAUCCGUUCAAGCUGCCGGAAUGUGCUUUGGUCUGCGUGUACUGCCGUGAGGAGUACGAGGAUCCGUCCUCUUUUAGAGAGCACAUGCGAUAUUUACAUUCCGAAGUAAAAGUACGCGUAGCCUUCUCCCAUAUUCCCGAGGGUUAUAUAAAAAUCGAUUGUACUGAUCUCAGUUGUAGGAUUUGUUCAGAAACAUGUCUAUCCAUUGAGACGAUGGUCACUCAUCUGGUUGAAGUUCAUAAUAAAAAUAUUGAUGUGAAUCAUGAUAUGGGCGUACAACCGUUUACUUUUCAUAAAGACAUGUGGAUGUGUGCUAUUUGUGAUGCGAAGCUUUCCACUUUGCGCACUCUAAGCAGACAUACACAAUCCCAUUUUCUGAAAUACACAUGCGAGCAAUGCGGCAAAUCUUACUUUACGUCCUCUUCCCUUAAGCAUCAUUUGUAUUACUGUCAGAUUGGAGAUUUGCGUAUAUGUGUUAAGUGUAAGAAAACUUUCAAGACUUUGGAAGCUCGGAGGAUACACGUGAAUGAAUCACCGCGUUGUUGGCCCUUUACAUGUAAGAAUUGUGGCGAGCGAUUUAUGACGGCUACCCUGAAAAAAGAACACAGAGCCAAGGCUCACGGCGAACAGUCUAGAACCUACGUAUGUCCUGAAUGCAGAGAAAUUUUCCCAGACAGGAUGAAGUACAGGGUACAUUUUGUGAUAACUCACACUGAAGAGUAUUUUUCUUGUUCUUGCGGUAAAAAGUUUGACACAAAAAACAAUUUAGAGAAACACAGAGUCGUACACACUAAGGAGAAACUCUUCCCUUGUACGUCUUGUCCAAAAGCUUUUUCUAGAAAGAAGAAUUUAGUACAGCACAUGUGGAUACACAGCGAAGUUAAAAGAUUUGAAUGCGUACAAUGUAAUAAGAAAUUUAACCAACGUGUUACUUAUAAAACUCACAUGAAAUCAUACCAUCCCGAUGUUGAAAUAUCUUGA